GAAUUACACGAUGGCACAUUCAGAUUCUGGUGUCAUCAUGGGCCUCAACGGAGCCAUACAGCGUCUCCUUGUCAACUCUGAGGUCUUGGACAACUUGGAUGAGCGAGCCACAGGUGGACGAGGUGUCCGCAGAUACCGAGGCCCCCCUUGCCAGCUUAAUCCAUGUGAAAAUGGUGGAGUCUGUCAGCCCUUCCGCAACAGGUUCCUCUGCAAAUGCCCUGCAACCUACACUGGGAAGUUCUGCGAGAAAUAUGUUGAUGAGGAACAAAUGAUGAAACCAGUCAAGUUUGAUGGCAAGACUUUCCUCAAGUUCCCCAACAUGGUGUAUAGAAUUAACCUGACCCAUUACAACCUCACUGCUGAUGACUAUGAUGUAGUAUAUGACUUCCCGGAGCCCUGGACGGAUGUUGACCUCAGCUACCCAACUGAUUAUGAUCUAGACGCUGACAUUGCUUUCCUAGAAGAAGAAGAUUAUGAGGAGGAGGAGGAGAAGGUGGAGGAAAUAGAGUUGCUGGAAAAGAAGAAGGAAGAAGAAUUGAUCUCCCUGGGUGAAGAUGUUGAGGAAUUAGAGGAUGGUUCUGGUCUUCUUUCUCUGUACGAUGACGACGAAGCCAUGAUGGAGGAGCAGGAGUACUACGAUGCCUUAGAGACACUACAAGAUGACACCCAACAGGAGGAGAACAGUCUGGUGCAUGACAAGACAAUAGAGCAAGAAGCAGAGGGAGAGGAACUGGGAGGCAAGCGUGGCCAGACCACCAACCACUUUGAGAUACGGUUCCGUGCUACAGCUCCAGAUGGUGUACUGGUGUGGCUUAACAAAGGCACCACCCUAUCCAGAGACUACCUCUCCCUGGCAAUCAUUGGAGGCUUUGUUGAGUUCUCCUUCAACCUAGGCACACAGCAGACCAUGCUUAUUAUAAGAUCCAAGGUUCGUGUGGAUGAUGGUCAGUGGCACACACUGGUGGUUCAUAGGAGGAAGCGCCUUGGAGUUCUCAGAGUGGACAAUGAGCGGCCAGUUAAGGGUGUUGCUGACCGCGGUGCUACCACUCUUAAUACUAAUGGCAAACUAUGGAUAGGUGGAUCUCCAAAGAUGCCAGAAGGCCUCCCUCAUGCCUACUACCAAGGCUUCCAUGGUUGCAUUGAUUCUGUCCAGGUGGAGAACCGUGACCUUAACCUUGUAACCCACGGUGAUGCACCUCUCAUUAGGUUUUGUGAUGAGAUGCGGUGAGUGGGCACUUAGUGAGAUGGAGAAAACUAGUAACUGGUGACCAACAAAUAGAAAGGAACAAAGAUUGUGUGGGACAAAUAACCUUAAUUUGUAAAUCUCACAGAUAUCAGAACUUGGUAAACAAAAGAAUUUUGUCAUCAGUUGAACAAAAGAGGCCUUGCUAUCAAGAUAAACUAUCAGAGAACAAUGUACAGUGUGUAUAAGACAAGGAGAAAAUGGAUAGAGAGUGAAACACGGAACAAUAUGCCAUGUUACAAACUUGUGCAGUGUGAGUCAGUAAAUAAAAAAAUAAGUGAAAAUGAAAUAAAAAGGAUACCUCUAUCUAUAAGUACUAACAUGAUAUAGUACCAGUACUUAAAAAAAAAACCCUAGACUGUACCUGUCAGAGAAACAAGUUUGUGAUGGUGCAGUCUUCGUAAACAUUUUAAGUCAAAUGAAGGUUGUGUUCUAGAUGUGGUCUGUGAAUUGCCAUCACAAGCCACAUACCAGAGAUGGGCUUCAUUGUUGCAGGGAUUGGCAAUCUUUGUAAAAAUAAUGUACCUAUUUUUCAAAAACAAAAAAAACAAAAAAAACAAAAAAACUACCUGUGAACCUGAUCUUAGCCUAACACUAGUGUCACUGGGUGGAGAUUCAGUUCCAACCAGGCACAAGUUUAUUGCAAGAGGGAACAACACAAUGCAUACUACUAAUAAUUGUGUGCUCCUGAUGUGUAUAUAUAGAACAUUAGAAAUAGUCACACACUUAGAAUGCAUGAGUGAGUGUCUGUGGAUGUAUGAGAAGGCCUAAGCAUUUGGAAAGGCAAGGAAAGGGCUGACUUUUCUGGUUUGUAAUACUUUAUUCAAUAACUGUUGACUACUUGUACCUCUGCAGUCUUUAGGAUUUUUUUUUAAUUGUUUUGCACUCAGAACAAUUGCAUUUAAAUUCCAUUACACAUGUGAUUUAGUUAUACUGCAUGUGAAAUGAAUUGGCCAGUUUAAAAGAAUUAGUGUACAGUAUAUAAUAUAGGUAUGCAUUAAUUUGAUUAGUCUUUGUUAAUUACCUAAGGCAUAUUCAACUAUUUUUUUAUAUCCUAAAACUGUACAGAAUCACGUAAGGUCAACAUAGUGAAGUCAUGUGGGGUCUGCCGUGCAAAUCUUGCUUUGGCAGUUUAUGAUAAUCCAUCCAAACUUCUUGUUUAAGUUAGCUAAGUGUAAGAUUAUGUACAGCAAUUACAUUCAUGGACGAUGUGGGAGUACUCAUGUAAGCUUAGUUUUAAUAGUCUUAAAACUUAUAAUUAUUUUUUAGACUAUUUUUUAAACAUAUACAGUAAUGCCGUCUAUAUUUUUAUCAAGUGACUUUUUGAAGAUCCACAUUACGAAAUCAAAACUUUUCCUAUGUUGACAGGUAUUGUUGAAGAAACAAAAUCUAGUUCUCUGUAGUUAUAAUUUUGAACUUAAGCUUUUCCUCCCAUGAAUGUUGCUAUCAGGGACCUACACCAAAGUGGGGAACUGUCACUGUCUGCUGCCUUUCCUCCCCAUUGGCAGAAUAUAGUGAGUGUCCCACAUUGGUGAGAACCCAUAUGUAAUUUGCCACAUUUUUUUGUGAAGUUUUAAAAGGGCCCACUUGUCUUCCAUAGGAGUGUGUAAUAUGUACAUAGUGUAAGAUAAUAGAGAGACUAAUUUUUACAAGACGUGCCAACUGUAGGUUUGUGCAAACUCACCAGGUUAGUAUUAUAAUAUCUACUCUCUCAGUCAUAUGUAGUUGAUAUUGUAAGAUUUAUAAAAAAACACCAAAAAAACAAUUCAUUCCAUAAUUCAGGAGUUUCAAGACAUUCCACAUGGUCUUGAGUCCGCCUCCAAAUGUUCCUGAAGCACUUGAAGGAGAAGCAGUAUAUGUAAUUGGUCCAUCUUGUCUGAACUACCGUAGUCAUAGUGACUCGUCAACCUACUCUAGACCAGAGGUUUUGACUGGUUGUCUGUAUCUGAGCUAGAGGCAGGGAUUGGUGUAUCUAACGUGAGCCUGAAUUAACAAUAGAUUUAAUUUUUAGCAAUAUAAAUUAACACUGUAAACUGAGUGCAUCAGGAUGUUUAAAAGAGUCGAACUUAAGACUCCCUCCCAUUGUUAACAAACUAAGAUUUUUUUUUUUUUAAUUUUCUAGUUUUAAUAAACAAUUGCUACUCUUCAACAGCCAUAAAAUCUAAUGUUCCUACAGAUUUUUUGAAUAAUUUGUAAAGAUAUAGAAGUUAAAAUGUUUUGAAGAUCUUUUAUGUAUAUAAUUCACAGUGUGUUUGCACAUAUUUGUAGAAAAUACAAUACAAAAUAA